CGCCCUGGAUGUUGAAGUGAGAAGUGGAAUUGAAAGUAAAUGCACGGCGGCAAAGCACCUGAAAAACAUUACCUGGACCGUCAAUGAAUGUGCCCAUGGCUGAUACUUAACACGAUAGAGACCAACUGAAAAACCGUUUUUGUUUUAUACAAGAAAAAACGCAAGUUCGCAGAGUGAUGGCAGAUGUUAGUGGCAGCCCAGGAGCUAAUCCUCCACCCUCAGAGGAGGAGAGGCCUGAUGACCCCCCCCAGGACUCCAACAAUGAUGAUGUCAAGUCUGAUAUGAAAGAGGGGGAGAACGAGGCGGCCUCUGACCCCAGCAUGUACCGCUACAUCAAAGAGGACCUCUUCACGUCUGAGAUCUACAAAGUGGAGAUCCGGAAUCUACCAAAGUUCACCGGCUUCAACGACCUGAAGAAGUUCCUGGCCAAACACCGCCUCAACCCGCACAAAAUCAAGCUGUUUGGCAAGCAGACGUUUGCCUUCGUCACCUUCAAGAAUGAGGAAGAGCGCGACAAGGCCAUGAAGAUGGUUCACGGCAUGCAGUGGAAGGGCCAGGUGCUGAGCGUCAGGUUGGCCAAACCCAAAGCAGACCCCAUCCUGAGGAAGAGGAGGCAGGAGGAGGGUGAGGGCACGGGAGGGCAGCCCCCGUCUAAACGAGCAGAGGGGGGCGAGGAGGAGGAGCCGCUCAGUGUCCAGAUAGCCAACGUGGUGACUCCUCUGUGGAACGUGCCUUAUGAGGAGCAGCUGAGGAGGAAGGAGCAGGAGGUGGUGGGGGUUCUGCAGAGGCUGGCCAAAGAGAUCGGCAGCACCAACAAAGCCAUGUUGCCAUGGCUGUUUGCACAGAAAGGGAAAUACAACAAAAUGUGUUGUCCUCUGGAAGCUAUCCGACCAUCUCCUACACAGACGGAGUACAGGAACAAGUGCGAGUUCCUCAUUUCAGUGGGUGCAGACAGCGAGGAUAAGACCAUCGGCUUCCGCCUGGGGAAAUAUAAAGGCGGCUCCUGCGCUGUGGUCGGGCCGGCUGAGACGUGCCAUGUCUCGGCCGAGGCCAAGAGAGUGGUCAGCGAGUUUCAGAAGUUCAUCAGGACAACACCAUACUCUGUGUACAGUCCUGAAACAUAUGAAGGACACUGGAAGCAGCUGACUGUGCGGACUACGAGGACCAAACAAGCCAUGGCUGUAGUGUUCUUCAACCCCCAGAAACUUGAAGAAGAAGAAGUCAGUGCAUUGAAGAGCUCCAUGAGGAAGCACUUUACAGAAGGAGAGGGGAAAGACAGCGGAGUAACCUCUCUUUACUUUGUUAGAGAGGGGCAGAGGACUUCUCCCAACCUGGAGGACUUGCCCUGCGAGCUGGUGGCUGGAGAGGGCUGCAUUCACGAGGAGCUCCUGGGUCUAAAGUUCAGAAUAUCUCCUCAUUCCUUCUUCCAGGUGAAUACAGGAGCCGCAGAGGUGCUGUACUCCGCUGUGGGGGAAUGGGCCCAGCUGGAUCAGGACAGCACAGUGCUGGACGUGUGCUGUGGGACAGGGACCAUCGGCAUCUCUCUGGCUAAGAGGGUAAAGAAGGUGAUUGGGAUCGAGCUGUGCCAGGAGGCAGUGGAGGAUGCCAAAGUGAAUGCAAAGCUCAAUGGUCUCAGUAAUGUUGAGUUUCACUGUGGAAAAGCUGAAGAUGUGUUCCCCAACAUCCUCAAUGCGCUCAUGUCGCCCAACGUCACAGCCAUUGUGGAUCCACCAAGGGCAGGCCUACAUUCCAAGGUGAUACUUGCCAUCAGGAGGGCAGAGCAUCUGAAGAGGCUGGUUUAUGUGGCAUGCAACGCAAAGGCAGCCAUGAACAACUUCAUUGAUCUGUGCAGGGCGCCAUCCAACAGAGUUCAUGGGGCCCCCUUCCGUCCGGUGCGAGCCAUGGCCGUGGACCUGUUCCCUCAGACCAUGCACGUUGAGAUGCUUCUGCUCCUGGAGAGAGUGGACUACAAUCCCCAGCAGCAGGGCAGCAGCACUCAGGAAGGGCCGGGGUCUUAGCCCCGGUACAGUUUGAUAGGCAGCAUGGGCUCUCGAUACCUACGCCCUCAUUAUCAAAACGACUGAUUAGAAUAGCAUUCUUUCCUCUGUCACACUUUAAAGGGUCAGUUCACUCAAAUAGCAGUUUACCACUCACUGUCUCAUACUGUUAAGUCCUCGUUUCAUAAUGGAAUAUUAAUUUGUGCAUCAAAUAAAACCUGUACUGUUGAGACAGUCUGUAUUGUACUAUAUCUGUUUAACUGAGUGUUAUGGACUGUGUCCUGUUCUACCUAUUUAGUUUGAGAACCUUAAUCAGCUAGCUUCACUAAAAAUGUUAUUUUAUGAGCUAUGUCGUAAAACCAUAAAGAUACCUAGAUUUUAAAAAAAGUUUUUGGUUUCCUGAAACAUUGUUUAACUGUCAUUAAGGACAAUGCAAUAACAGUGGGGCACUAUGGACUGAACAUUUUCACCUAUUAAUAUGCCACCUCAGUUUGUUAAAUGGUUGGAUCUUUCUGUGACUGAAUAAAAUAAAGGCCUUCUAGUCAUU